GUAAUGGAUUAAUAGAUGGAAGUGAAGGACUAGAUGAUAAUGAAGAAAAUCUUAUUUUAAAAAAUCAAGAUCUAAAUGAUUUAAUUGAUGAAAAGUUAAAUAUUAAAAUGAAAUUUCCUGAUUUAAAAGUUUUACCUAAAUUAUUAUCACCUUUUGUUGAAUUGAUUGGUAAUUCACCUUAA